AUAACCUAAUAUGCCGAUCGACGCAAUCCCUCCAAACCUCUUACUCGCUAAUUAAUAGGUCACCAUGUUAUCUGCUCUUGUUUCCAAUCUUCUCGCCGUCACCAGCGGAGUGUUUGCCCAUCUCGCCGUGUUUCGCCGCGGCGAGUGGGACGUAGCCGCCCCAUCCGUCUUUGCCCUCUACUUCACCGUCUUCGCCGCGGCCAUGUGUUUCGCUUACACAGGCGUUCUAGGCCUCCGAUUUGUUUCUUGCUCAGCGGUCGCACAGAUUGGGGCCUUGCACGUUGCUGGCCUCUACACGAGCAUGCUCGUGUACCGAGCCUUCUUCCACCGGCUCUCCAACUAUCCGGGCCCCUUCCUUGCCCGCCUUACCAAUUUUUACAUUACAGCCAGAUCAAUGAAGAAGCUCCAUCUCUUUGAGGAGGUCCAGAAACUCCACGAAGAGUACGGCGACUAUGUCCGACUUGGACCGAGUGAGCUCUCCAUCGCCGAUCCCGAGGCCGUCAAGGCCAUCUAUGGCAGCCAGUCACCGUGUACCAAAGGCCCUUGGUACACACUUCUUGAGCCGCGUGUGCCCCUAUUCAUGGCCCGCGACAAGCAGAAGCAUGCUCGUAGGCGUAAGGGAUACGACCCCCGGAUUACCAAGGCAAUCAAUCAGCUCCUCCGCGCCAUUGACCGCCACAAGGGCCAGCCCUUGGACGUAUCGAAGUGGUUUUCUUUUUUUGUAUUUGACGUCAUGGAAGACCUCGCUUUCAACAAGUCGUCCAAUAUGCUCGAGAACGGCCAGGAGGCCUACGUGUUCAAGACCAUCCGCACCGACAUGUUCAACAUUGCCCUCUUUACACACAUGCCCUGGCUUCUGCCCUUCAUUAAGCGGACGCCCAUCCUUAACUGGAACUACCUUGAGUUUCUAGACUGGAUCCAGAAAUUGAUCGACGAGAGGAAGCAGAAAGAACCAGAGAAACCCGAUAUCUUCUCUUGGAUCCUCGCCGCCUACGAGAAGAGCCCCAAGACGAAGCGGGACCAGCUGAACCUGCAUGGCGACGCCCAGCUGAUCGUCAUCGCGGGCAGCGACAGCGUCGCCGCAGCCCUUUCGCACGUCUUCUUCCACCUCGCGUGGGAUCCUAGCCUGGUCAAGCGCCUCCAGGCCGAGUUCGACGCCCUCCCGGACAUCUCGCACGACAACCUGGUGACCGUGCCCCUCCUGGACGCCGUCAUCAACGAGACCAUGCGCCUCCACCCCCCGGUGCCCUCGGGCACCCAGCGCAUGACGCCCCCGGAGGGGCUCUGGAUCGGAGACCGCUUCAUCCCGGGCAACACGAUCGUCCAGGUGCCCAGCUACACCGUGUUCCGCGACGAGCGGGCGUUCCUGUACCCCAACGAGUUCAUCCCCGAACGCUGGACCACCAGGCCGGAGCUGAUCCUGGACAAAACCGUCUACAUUCCCUUCAACACAGGAGCCUAUGCCUGUGUCGGCAAGCGCCUGGCCAUGUUGGAGCUGAGGCGGGUGGUGGCCGAGAUCCUGUCGCGCUACGACCUGACCAUCAGCCCGGGCCAGACAAAGCAGGCGUUCUUGGAUGGCAAGCAGGACACCUUCACGACCGUCUCCGCACCGCUGCCAAUUAUUUUUACAGAGAGGUCUCGACAAGUGUGA